AUGGAUGGAUUUAAUGUCACAAACAGUACCUUUCUUUGUGAUAAACACUUUUUGGAUUCCGAUAUUAAGAAGAAUCCGAAUCGGUGGUCUCUGAGGCAAGGUGCUGUACCGUCGUUGCAUCUCCAUGGCGCAGCAAAGCCAAAGCCAUCCCGUAAGUCUCCAACUAAAUGUCAAUUAAUGCCUUCAUCAGCUAGUGCAUCUUAUAUACCUGACUAUCCUGGCGAAGAAGAUUCAUCUCUUUCUGAUCAUGCUUGUUUGUCGACAACUGUUUCAGUUUCUUCUCAAACAGAUUUCUCUUAUGUGAAUUCUGUGCUUUGCAUUCCAUCAGCCACUGGUAACCUAUCUGAUCCUGAUCUUCAAUGUCCUGAUGAUGUUGCCACAGAGAAUGAUCUACUGAAUAUGUGCAAGCAUCAUGAAUCUCUGGCGUUAUCUGUCACUUCCUUAACACAACAAGUUCAUGACCUUGAACAGCAACUAGCACAACUGAAAAGCACCCUUUUUACUAUUGAAAAACUGAAGAAUGAUAAUGCUGCAGUUAAAUUUUACACAGGAUUUCCAAAUUUUGGAUAUCUCAAUGCUGUCUUUGAAUAUUUUGAGCCUAAGUUAGAGCGCAUGAAAUACUGGCGUUGUCCAAAGUCUACAAGAAACCCUGAUCCUUCAUACCAACAAACUAGUACUUCAUCAAAGCCUGGUCCUUCCCGUAGCCUCAGCCAUCUAGAAGAAUUUGUAUUAGUAUUGAUGCGAUUGAGAGUUGCCUUAUUCAUGAAUGAUCUGGCAGACAGAUUUGGAAUUUCUAUUGGUCAUGCGUCUAAAAUAUUCACUACUUGGAUAAAUUUUCUUUUUCAUGAACUCCCUCUUCUAUUUCCAUUUCCAUCACAAGAACGAAUCAGAAAUAACAUGCCUGAACAAUUUAAAGAAUACCCCACAACUAGAAUGAUUAUUGAUUGCACUGAAAUAUUUUCUCAAGUUCCAUCGUCUCUCAAAUCAAAAUCCCAAAUUGGUCUGAAUAUAAACAUCACAAUACCUGGAAAGCAUUGA